GGAGAAGCAGAAGACUGUUGUGGUGAGCAGCCCACGCGCUCGGACAGUGUUGUUGGAUGACCAGAGCCCAGAGCUGAACUGUUGAAGGUGCUGACUCUGAAUACCUGAGAAUUACGGCUUGAAAAAGAUCAGAUUGGUCCAAUCACACAAACCAAAAUUAUAACCUAGAAAAAAUGCUAACCAUCCAGAUACAUGAGCAAUCUACAUGACCUUAGUGGUCUGAAUGUCACUUUGAAGAACUUGGGUGAUUAGUGUUCUUCUGCACUUUCCUACCCAGCUUAAAUGUGAUUCCAUAAACACAUCAGGAUUUUCCACCAAGAGGAAUGUUAAGCUGCUGAAACAGGUUAAAUAUAAGAAUAUGGCAUCCAGAAGAUCUUCCAGUACUCAGCAAACAUCAUCUGGUACCCUCCACAUGAACACAUCUCACAGACGAACACAGAAAUGUAGGAGCGAGAGACGUCACUACUGUUUGGAGUGUGGAAAGAGUUUUAAGCAACAGGGUGUUCUCAAAAGACACCAGCUCAUUCAUACAGGAGAGAGGCCAUAUCACUGCUCAGAGUGUGGGAAGAGUUUUAAUCGUAAGGGUAAUCUCAAAAUACACCAGCGCAUUCACACAGGAGAGAAGCCGUAUCACUGCUCAGAGUGUGGAAAGAGUUUUACUCAUCAGGGUCACUUCAAAACUCAUCAGCGCAUUCACACAGGAGAGAAACCGUAUCACUGCUCAGACUGUGGGAAGAAUUUUAAUCAUCAGAGUAAUCUCAAAAUGCACCAGCUCAUUCACACAGGAAUUAAACCAUAUUACUGCUCAAAAUGUGACAAAACUUUUAAUCAUCAGAACUCUCUCCAAGAUCACCAGCGCAUUCACACAGGAGAAAAGCCGUAUCACUGCUCAGAGUGUGGGAAGAGUUUUACUCAAAGGAAUCAUCUCAGACAACACCGGCUCAUUCACUCAGGACAGAAGUCAUAUCACUGCUCAGAGUGUGGAAAGAGUUUUAAUCGUCCGAGUCAUCUCCGAGAACACCAGCGCAUUCACACAGGAGAAAAGCCGUAUCACUGCUCAGAGUGCGGAAAGAGUUUCAGGCAUUCACAUACUUUUAGGAUACAUAAGUGCACUAAGGGCAGUGGUGAACAUGGACAGUAAUGAGUGUAACCUUAACACAUUCCAGGAGUAAAUUUUUUUUUCACCCCAGAUGUCAAACUGUUAUUAGGGGAAAACAUCUGUUGUUGUGUUAUGCUGUUUUUAAAACUUGAGCAUAAAAUGAAAUACAACCCAAACCCAAAUCUUAUAGACCCAUAUUUUAUUCACAAUAGCCCAUAGAACACAUAUCAGAUGUUGAAAGUGAGACAUUUUACCAUUUCAUGAAAAAUAUUAAUUCAUUUAGAACUUGAUGGCAGCAACGCAUCUAAAAAAAGUUGGGAUGGGGCAACAAAAGGCUGGAAAAGUAAGUGGUACUAAUACAAAACAGCUGAAGGAGCAGUUUGCUAUUAACUCACGUGACUAUAGAGUAUAAAAAGAGCAUCUUAGAGAGGCAGAGUCACUCAGAAGCAAAGAUGGGCAGAGGUUCACCAAUCUGUGAAAAACUGCAUCUUUCCAGGUGUGUUCUAUGUUCUAUUGUGAAUACAAUUUGGGUCUAUGAGUUUUGCAAAUUAUUGCAUUAUGUUUUUAUUUACAUUUAUUUACAUCUUACACAGCGUCCCAACUUUUUUGGAGUUGGGGCUGUAUAAUCAAAUAUAAUGAGAUAAAAAAAAAAUAUGAAAUAUAAUUUUCUGUGCUGAGCAUCCCCAUGAGAAGGCUUUUGAUCUUUAGCAGAUGUUUUUUGUAUGCUGUAUGUUCAGUGUGUUGUUGUUGAGGACUGUAAUGAAAGGAGAUAUGACCCUGAAGACCGUAACAGUGAAGUUUUCGCUGUGGUGUGCAGAACUGAACAGCUCCGGAAUAUGAAGAGGACUGCAAGACAUCAAGCUAUCUCAGUGAUGUACUGGUGACCUCUCCUCAGUGGGGCCUACACAAGCCUGUUCUAAGUGGCAUAAAGUUGCAUACAGGCUACACUACACCUCAUGAAUUUCCAUUACUUUUUUCAGAGACUUUAAGGACUUCUUGUUGAUGUUCUUUGUGACACUUAAGAGAGUGAUGGUUUCUUGAGAAGGGCUAUGAGAAGGACUUGUUUAUGCCCAUCUCCAGUCUAUCCUACUAGACAUGACGGCAACCAAUGGUACAGGUGUUUGAACUGAGUAUCUACAUUAUUGUAGAACUGUGUGAAAGGUUACCAUUAGAGGACGAUCAAGGUCUUGGGCCUCAUUGAGAGCAACUCUUGCAGACUUCAUUAGGAUGUGUAUGAGGGUCACUAUCUUUGUUGAUUGAAUCUCACCAAUGACACUGAGUUCAGUUUUGUUCUUGAACCAAUUCAAACCUGCAUUAUAAUAGUUUUUGUUUGAAAUUUUUGUCUGGAAAUUUCAAACCAAAAUUCUGUUUGUAGACUGUAUGAUUUCCGUAUAAUUUGCAUAAAGGUAUGACUACUUUGUCUGGCUUGAUUACUACUUGCUUAUGGAAAAUCAAGCAGAACCGCAAUAACGGAAAGAUGUCAGAAGGAGAAAAGAGCUCCCAUCUCUUGCAGAUUAUGCCAAAAGCAUCGAAAUCAGUAUAUAAAGAUGUAGCUGCCAUAACUUUAUUAGAAUGCACUGUGUGCACUGCCUUUUCAAAAUAGCAAGCUUUAUAUACAUGUCAAGCUGAGAAACACCUCUGCCAAACCAUCAAACAAGAGAAAAUAUUCCUCACAGCCCGCUGCACAUUGUUUUGCAUCAUUCCGAUGAAACAUUGUUCAACCUGGAAUCUGUAGGAAGAAGAGUGCACACGUUUUGAGAUUGAAUGCGCCCUAGGUUUAGUUCUUUGUAUAUGAACUAGUCUUCCUUGUUUUAGUCAAGCAAUGUCUUUAUUUCUCUGUAUCAGCUUGAUUAGCUUAUUUUGUAUGCUGUUGUCUUGUUC